AUGGCGAUUGUCACUGUAGCAAACGCAUUAAAGAAUAAAAGAGAUCCACCACAAUGGAAAGAAGCCUUGCGACAGUUGAAAAGGUCUUCUCCAGAAAACUUCACAGGAGAUAUGAGUAGAGCAUAUGUAUCAAUACAAUUAAGUUACAAUUACUUAAAAAGUGAUCUGAAGAAGACUUUUUUGCUCUGUAGUCUAAUGAGCCAUCAAGGUUUUAUUUUAGACUUGGUCAUAUAUGCUAUGGGAUUAAAUAUAUUUCCAAACAUUUUCACGAUCGAAGACGCUUGGAAUAAGGUGUAUGCAUUGAUCAGUGAACUUAAAGACUCUUCUUUGUUGCUUAACGAUCAAACCAACUAUUCCUUUUCAAUGCAUGAUUUUAUCCGUGAAGUUGCUUCAUCCCUUGCAAAAGGAGAGGACCAUGUGUUUUCCGUGAGAAAUGAGAUGAAUUGGAGAUGGCCUAGUGAGGAUGAACAAAAGAUUUGCAAAAAGAUCUUCUUACGUGAUAGCACUAUUUCUGACCUUCGUGAAAAGUUGGAAUGUCCAGAACUUGAAUUGUUCUAUAUGAAUACCAAGGUUGGUGAUUCUCAUGUUGAAAUUCCUGAGGAUUUUUUUAAAGGGAUGAGGAAUCUCAAAGUCUUAGAUUUGACUAGGAUGAAGUUUUCCUCUUUGUGGUCAUCGUCAAUUCGUCUCAUAACAAAGCUUCAGACAUUGCGUCUAGAUAAUAGUGUAGUUGAUGACAUAGCUGUUAUUGGACAGUUGCGGACAUUAAAAAUUCUUAGUUUACGAUAUUCAACAAUUGAGCAAUUGCCUAAAGAAAUAGGUCAAUUGACUCAGUUAAUAUUGUUAGAUUUAAGUAAUUGUCAACGACUAACAGUUAUUGCACCAAAUGUGAUAUCAGGUUUAUACAGAUUGGAAGAAUUGUAUAUGAGAGGAUGUUUUGUUCUACAGAAAAUUGGAGGUCUCAAUAUUGAAAGAAGGAAAGCCAUCCUUGAUGAGUUGAACGGGUUGCCUCGUCUCGCCACUUUAGAAAUACAGUUUAACGAUGCAAAUAUUUUUCCAGAAGGCUUGUUCUCCAAAGAUUUGCUAAGGUACAAUAUAUCCAUAAGUGAUAAUUUUCUCUUAUCUUGUGGAUCGUGCAAUUUUCAAGACUCGGGGCCGUUUGAUGAGGAUGGGACUUUAAGGACACUGAGACUGGAGUGCAAUUCUAUCAAUUGGUCAGAGAAGUUUCGAUGCUUCAAGAAUGUUGAAUUCUUAUGCAUAGGGAAAUUGCAGUGUAUUGGGAAUGUUCUUAACGAACUGGAGAGAGAAAGUUCUUCACAACCGAGUUCUUCUCAACUGAAACAUCUCCAUCUUCACAACACUCCUAAUCUCUCGUGCAUUUUUAACUCAACAAAUUGCAGAGACGGUGUUGUCUUCUGCAACUUGGAGUCACUGAUUCUACUAAACUUGACUGAGUUGAAGAACAUAUGUUCUGGUCAUCUGACAAAAGAGUCUUUUUGCAACCUGAAGAUCAUAGAUGUGAAAGGAUGUGUUAAAUUGGAAAAUAUCUUUUCAUUCGCCAAUGCUAGAAGCCUUCCACAACUUCAGACAAUGAAGGUGGAAUCUUGCGACAAUAUGAAACAGAUUUUUGCUGUUGAAAGAGGAGAAAAUGAAAACAACAAUGAAGUAAUUGAUCAGAUUAAAUUCUAUCAGUUACGCUCUUUGACUCUCAACUUUCUUCCACAUCUUACAAGCUUCUAUUCUGAAGUGAAGAAACCUUCAACAUUGCAAGAGAGAUGGCAGGAUGAACUUGACACUCCAAUAUUACUUUCCAACAAGAAGGUUUGGUUUACAUAA